CCUUUGUUUCUAUUUUAUACUCUGAGGGUGCUUUGUAAGAGAAAUAAAAGCGGGCCCAGAAAAUAAGCACUAGAUGUAACCAGAGGUUCAAGACUUGAGCAGUACUCUUUUCUUGAAAUAGAAAGAGAGAGAUCAUGAAGAAGUGCGAGCUCUGUGACUCUCCAGCAAACAUGUACUGCGAGUCUGAUCAAGCUAGCCUUUGUUGGGACUGCGAUGCUCGAGUUCAUGGUGCGAACUUCCUGGUGGCUAAGCAUUCAAGAACACUUCUUUGCCAUGUCUGCCAGUCUUCAACGUCCUGGAAUGGCUCCGGCCCAAAGCUCGGUCCUACUAUUUCGGUCUGUGAAAGCUGUGUGAAUAGCAAUGUUAAAAACGAGGCAGGAAAUGAAGGAAACGACCAUGAUAACGGUGAACAUGGUGGCGGCGACAGCGAUGAUGAUGAUCCCGAUAGCGAUGACAUCUUUGAAGAAGAAGAUGAUGAUGGUCAUGGGGAUGAUGAUCAAGGAGAUAAUAAUGAAGAUGAAGAUGAAGAAGAAAAUCAAGUAGUUCCAUGGUCUUCUACGCCGCCUCCACCAACUUCAAGUUCUUCAUGGAGGGGUACACAUUAGAUUAAUCCAGAGUUUCAAACUCAAGUAUGCCUUUCUUCUCUUUUCCAGAUAAACUGAUCUUAACCCCUAAGAUUUGUUUUUC